AUGCGCUUUCAACUUGCUGUCACGAAACUAGUUCGUCGUGCACGUCGCCUGCAGCGCAUUUCUCACGUACGAAUCGAUUCGCAACCGUUCAUCACGUUACAGUUGUCCUUUAAGGAUGAGCGAGAUCACGCUCGCCCUCGUUCCAUCAGCCAGAACCGGUUCAGCACUUCAGAAUCGAAGGAGUACGUCUUCAACGACGUCGCAAACUGUACUUUGCAGAAUAUUCUCGAUAGUAUUGAAGCUUUGAUAGACAAGGAACGGCUGGACAUGGAUAUAUCACUCGAAACUGGCGUGUUGACUAUCGAUUGCGGAGAAAACGGGGUCUUUGUGUUGAAUAAGCAGACCCCGAAUAGACAAAUUUGGCUCGCCUCACCCGUCAGCGGCCCUUUCAGAUAUAAUUACACACCAUCCGGUGAAUGGUUGAGCACACGAGAUGACUAUUCUCUACAAAGCCGUCUAAAAUAUGAGUUAGAGUCUAUAUAUAAACUGGAGGUCAAUUUCUAA